CACACAUCUCUCAGACUGGGGAGCCUCAAUCAUUGACAGUGCUGCAUCACUUUGCGAAUCAGAGAAACGAAUUGCGAGCUGCGCGGACGAUAAUCCCGCUGCAUGUAAGAAGAACCCUCCCCUCCUUCCUGUCCAGGUAGGACCGAAAUGCACGAAUAGCAAACGUCGCAGGCGACAUGCGCUUCCUCCUUACCUAUUCCCCCCUUUGUAUCCAUCGUUCUAGACCUGUAGCGGCAGAGGCGCAUCGCAUCGUGCAUGCAGGACGACACAAUGAUACCUUAUCGUUGCCACCAUACACACAGACACACACACACAGACACACACAGGCAGAAAUCUGCGGAACUUAUCGCCCGCAUCUUACCUCGGGUCCUUUACUCGGCCAUGCAUUUUGCGCGUUAUACCAACACAUAUAAGAUACUCCAUCCGGAGCAGUUUUUGUCAGAUCACAUCAUGGCCCAGUCACGUCC